CUACUAAGUAAUGAUUCUUUUCCUUUUUUUCAGAAAUGCAUGUGCAGCUUGUGCAGCUUAACCUUGCGUAACCCAGUAUAAUAAACUUGUGAAAGAGGCCCCUUGUGACAAAACCACUGUUCUUUUUUAAACAGCCUCACAAACUUACACUACACAAAGAAACGAGGAGCCAUAUGAACUACUUGCUGUUCAUCCAACUUUCUUAAUGAAGCGGCACAAGAAGCAAAACAGCAUUUAUUUGGUGUUAUCAUUUGAACCUUAUACAGGUAGUGUGCCAUAAGUAAAAGGACAGGUCGUCUCUGAAGCUGGAGUUUGAACUCAAAUAUCUACUGGAUUACCCUGAACAUACCGUCAGUGUGGUUUUAAGGACAGCCGUUGACACUCACGAUAUCAGGAGCCAUGCCUCUAAAUCGUUUUGGGGGUAUAAUUAUAUUCUCAUUACACCUGAUUCUAUGCACAUCCCAUUGCGAUGGGGGAAACAUACUAGUCUUCCCGGUGGAUGGCAGCCACUGGAUUAAUAUGAAGAUCCUGCUAGAAGAACUUCAUGCCAGGGGACACAACAUCAGUGUGAUCAGGGCCUCCACAAGCUGGUACAUCCCAGAAAAAUCCCCCCUCUACACAACCAUCACGAUUGAAAUGGACGAAGGUCUAGAGAAUUUUUUUGACAUAUACCUACAGGAGCAUAUGAGGGCACAACGAGAAGGAGCUUCACUGAUGACUUUCUUGAAGCUCACUAAGGAUUUCCUUUCCAUGAUUACCAAAGCCCAUUUGAUGUGGUGUGAAGCUACAUCUAUGAUUUUUCAGAAUCAAAAUUUGGUCAAAAGCUUGAAAGAUUCCCAAUAUGAUUUGGUUCUUGCUGAUCCAGCCAUGGGUCCAGGGCCUGUGUUAGCUAAAUAUCUUAAACUGCCUUUAGUCCUUAAUGUCCGCUGGAUAACUAGUGGAGAAGGUCACUUUGUGUUGGCUCCUUCACCCCUUUCCUACAUCCCAGUACCUGGAUCUGGCUUAACAGACAAAAUGGAUUUCAUCCAAAGGCUGAAAAACCUGUUUUUCUAUAGCAUCAUAUUCUUCCAGGAGAAGUUUCUCGUGGGACCUAUCUAUGCUGAUAUGUGUGUUAAACAUUUUGAGGGUGGGUGUGACAUUGUCUCACUGCUUCAAGAUGCAGACAUUUGGCUCUUCAGGUCAGAUUUUGUCUUUGAAUUCCCUCGGCCAACAAUGCCAAAUGUUGUCUACAUUGGAGGGUUCCAGUGCAAGCCUGCACAGCCUCUGCCAGCAGACCUGGAGGAGUUUGUUCAGAGUGCAGGGGAGCAUGGGGUCAUCAUUAUGACUCUGGGAACUUUGGUUAACGCAUUACCCAAAGAGGUUGCAGAUGAAAUUGCCAGUGUUUUUGCCAAGAUGCCCCAAAAGGUGAUCUGGAGGCACAGGGGAGACCGUCCCUCUACUCUGGGCAACAACACUCUAAUAGUGGACUGGAUGCCACAGAAGGACCUACUUGGCCACCCACAAACAAAAGUCUUUGUAGCUCACGGAGGAACAAAUGGAGUCCAGGAAGCCAUUUACUAUGGAGUACCUGUGCUUGGCAUACCCUUGUUCUUUGACCAGUAUGACAACCUUCUACGUUUGCUGGAAAGAGGAGCUGCAAAGAUCAUUCAACUAGCUGAUGUUAAUGGUCAAGAAUUUGAGAAAACUAUUAAAGAACUGCUCUACAAAGACAGCUACAGGCAGAACAUGCAAACACUGUCACGUUUACACAGAGAUCAGCCAAUGCCACCCAUGGAUCAGGCCACUUUCUGGGUAGAGUAUGUGAUGCGCCACAAAGGGGCCCCUCACCUACGUACACAGGCUUACAAGAUGCCUUGGUACUCAUACCAUUCCUUGGACGUACUAGUUUUUUUGAUGACUGCUGCAAUGGUCUUCCUCUUGUCUGUUUUUGCUAUUACAAGAUUUCUAUGCUGCACAAGGAAGAAAUCCAAAACCAAACAAAGUUAACUUCUGUCAAUAUUGUUUAGAUGUGUAGCAGUCGUUCUAACUUACUUCUUUUCUUAACAAUAUCCCCAGGGGUAGACAAUUUAAAUAGAUUUUAAAAUACAAAAACAAUUAUCAGGGGUCUGGGAUCAAGUAGUCUCCACCAGUGUGUACUCUAAUGUACCUCCAAUCACAUAGUCAAAGGUUCAAAGGCAAUCUCAACAGUUUAGUAGGACUAAUCUACUGAUAGGGUUCUGUUGCCAAUGGAUCACUGAUCAUCAGGAUUAGGAACGGCUGGAGGUUUGAUUCCAACUGUGAUAUGGACCACUGAUAACACUGUGACGGGUUAUUUUACUUGCCCAUAUUGUCCGAAGCACCUACUUAGUAAUAAUCAUAAUAACCUACUUAGUAAUAAUCAUAUACCUUUCUGGGAUUUAAAUAUAUUAUAUAUUUAUGUGUUAAACUGACAUUGAUCUUCGUGAUGCUGUUUGUUAACUAAUGUUCUUUAACAAUUAUCUUAGGCCUUUACGGAACAGUUUCAUUUAUACUGAAAAUAAAUCACUCACAUAUGUUUUUUUUUUACUUAUAAGAUAUUCUUUGAAGACAAUUGGUCGCAGUAUAUUAAAUUCAGGGGCAUCAGAGUAAAUGUGGCUAAAUGCUACAUAUUCUGAUUUUGACUCUUAUGUCAUUUGAAGGUCACAUUUAAAUGUUUACAUUUCUUUUGCUUUGGCAUUCUACCAUUCCAUUCUCCUAAUAUUGUAAAAACGUAAUAAGAGCUAUUAUGUUUAUAAUAUUAUGCAUCGCUGCUCAUUGAAAAGAUCUCCAUAUUAUCACGACUCCUCAACCUGUGCAGCAGGAAUGCCUGAAGUUUACAUUGGAAAGAUCUGAGCAAAUGGAAGAGGAAAUACAUAAACCUUAUCCUUAAUCUCCCUCCCUCAGUCCGUUCAAAGCUUUGGCUCUUUUUCCUGUCCUUGCCUUUCAUCAGAUGACUUGGAAAAUCCUCCCUAUCAUUGUAGUCUAAUAAGAUCACAUUUCUGUGUUGAAAGCUUUCCACUAGAGAGCUGUCAAGCAAACAGCUGCCUGCAGAAACUACACCCACUGACUACUGUGUGACGGCUGGGGGGAAAUAAUCACCCCAUAAUAGGGAAUGAUUUUAAUUCAGUGAAAAAAAGGAAAAUAUAUUUGGUGCCUUCUGAAAGUAUUUAGACCUGAUUAACUCUUCCUCACAAAUUAACCACAAACCUGAUGUAUUUUACUGGAUUUUUGUGUUUUAAAACAACUUUGUGUUGAGAUAGUUCAAAAAAAAUCAUCAAAUGUUUUUGGUUAUAAUUACAACCAAGUAUGAAAUAUGGUUACGAAUGUCUCCGCAAGGCACUAUAGAGGGAAUAAUUUAAGUUAUGCAAAUGCUCUCAGAAAGCUAAGAUUAAAAAUUCCAAAUUAUAUACACAGGACUCAUGGUAUGUAUUUCUACAAAAUUCUUUUUUCAUUUUUGGUUCAUCUUUGUUCAAUAAAUCAUGUGAUGGUGGAA